GACCCAGCCUGGAAGGCUUGUGAGCCGGCCUUUCGUAAUUGCCCCCUCCCCGCGCCCCCCUCCCCGAGGCCUCCCCUUUCUCCAGCCCGCCCUCCCGCCCGCCCUCUCUCCCUCCCUCCUUCCCUCACAGCCGACGAGGCAGCAAUUACGCUUUGGGGAUAAAACGAGGCGCAGUGAGCAGGCUGGGGCAUUUCUCCCCGAGAUGGCGGGUCUGACAGCUGCAGCCCUGCGGCCCGGAGUCCUCCUGCUCCUGCUGUCCAUCAUCCACCCCUCGCAGCCUGGAGGGGUCCCAGGGGCUGUUCCUGGGGGAGUUCCCGGAGGCGUCUUUUUCCCAGGGGCUGGUCUCGGAGGCCUGGGAGGAGGAGCACUGGGCCCUGGAGGCAAGCCACCCAAGCCAGGUGUCGGAGGGCUCGCAGGCGCUGGCCUUGGGGCAGGGCUCGGGGCCUUUCCUGCAGGCGCCUUCCCAGGGGCUCUGGUGCCCGGCGGCGUGGCUGACGCGGCCGCAGCCUAUAAAGCUGCUGCCAAGGCUGGUGCCGGGCUUGGCGGCGUCGGUGGUGUCGGCGGCUUAGGAGUGUCUACAGGUGCAGUGGUACCUCAACUCGGAGCAGGAGUUGGAGCUGGCGCGAAGCCAGGGAAAGUACCAGGUGUGGGGCUCCCAGGUGUCUACCCUGGUGGAGUGCUCCCGGGCACAGGAGCUCGGUUCCCAGGUGUAGGGGUGCUCCCUGGCGUUCCCACUGGAACAGGAGUCAAGGCCAAGGCCCCAGGUGGAGGUGGAGCUUUUGCUGGAAUCCCAGGAGUUGGACCCUUUGGAGGUCAGCAGCCUGGAGUCCCCCUAGGGUACCCCAUCAAGGCACCCAAGCUGCCAGGUGGCUACGGACUGCCCUACAGCACUGGGAAACUGCCCUACGGCUUUGGGCCUGGAGGAGUGGCUGGCGCCGCGGGCAAGGCUGGGUACCCAACGGGGACGGGGGUUGGUACACAAGCCGCAGCAGCAGCAGCAGCAGCUAAAGCAGCAGCUAAAUAUGGUGCCCCGGGAGCCGGCGUUCUCCCUGGCGUCGGCGUCGGAGGUGUCGGCGUUCCUGGCGGGGCCGGCGCGAUUCCUGGCAUCGGAGGCAUUGCAGGGGCCGGAGCUCCAGCUGCAGCGGCUGCUGCUGCAAAGGCGGCCAAAUACGGAGCUGCCGGAGGCUUAGUGCCUGGUGCGCCAGGCUUCGGCCCAGGAGUUGGAGUCCCCGGUGUAGGCGUGCCUGGUGUUGGAGUCCCAGGUGUUGGCGUGCCAGGCGUUGGGGUCCCAGGUGUUGGCGUGCCAGGUGUUGGGGUCCCAGGUGUUGGCGUGCCAGGCGUUGGGGUCCCAGGUGUUGGAGUGCCAGGUGUUGGGGUCCCAGGGGCCGUGUCUCCAGCUGCAGCUGCUAAAGCAGCAGCCAAGGCAGCCAAGUACGGGGCCAGAGGUGGUGUGGGAGUUGGCGGCAUUCCCACUUUCGGAGUGGGUGCCGGGGGCUUUCCUGGCUUUGGUGUCGGAGUCGGAGGUGUUCCUGGAGCUGCCCUUUCCCCUGCAGCUCAGGCAGCCGCCGCUGCCAAGGCAGCCAAGCUCGGUGCUGCAGGAGCAGGAGCCCUGGGUGGGCUGGUGCCAGGUGCCGAAGGAGCAGUACCAGGUGUGCCCGGUGCUGGAGCAGUGCCAGGGGUAGGAGCCCCAGCAGCUGCAGCCGCCAAAGCAGCCGCCAAAGCCGCCCAGUUCGGCUUAGGCCCUGGCAUUGGUGUGGCUCCCGGCGUCGGUGUGGCUCCCGGCGUCGGUGUGGCUCCCGGCGUCGGUGUGGCUCCCGGCGUCGGUGUGGCUCCCGGCAUUGGCAUUGGCCCUGGCGGUGUUAUAGGAGCAGGGGCCCCGGCUGCAGCCAAAUCUGCUGCUAAGGCAGCCGCCAAAGCCCAGUUCCAGGCUGCUGCUGGGCUUCCUGCCGGCGUUCCCGGAUUUGGAGUUGGUGCCGGCGUUCCUGGAUUUGGAGUUGGUGCUGGUGUUCCUGGCUUUGGGGCAGGUGCAGUACCUGGACCCCUGGCCGCAGCUAAAGCAGCCAAAUAUGCAGGGGCGGCCGGGGCCCUUGGAGGGGUUGGAGAUCUUGGCGGAGCUGGUAUCCCAGGUGGUGUGGCAGGAGUCGGACCUGCUGCCGCCAAAGCCGCUGCCAAAGCUGCCCAGUUUGGCGUCGGGGGAGUCGGAGGACUGGGAGUUGGGGGCCUUGGAGCUGUUCCAGGGGCUGGAGCCUUUGGAGGUGUGUCCCCGGCUGCCGCUGCUAAAGCAGCCAAAUAUGGUGCCGCUGGCCUCGGAGGUGUCCUAGGAGUCACCAGGCCAUUCCCACUUGGAGGAGUCGCACCAAGGCCUGGCUUUGGACUGUCUCCUAUUUUCCCAGGUGGCGGCGCUGGGGGCCUGGGAAUUGGUGGCAAACCUCCCAAGCCCUUCGGAGGGGCCCUGGGAGCCCUGGGAUACCAAGGUGGGGCCUGCCUGGGGAAAUCCUGUGGCCGGAAGAGAAAGUGAGCUUCCCAGGACCCCUGACUCACGACCUCAUCAACGUUGGUGCUACUGCUUGGUGGAGAAUGUAAACCCUUUGUAACCCCCUCCCAUCCCAUACCCCCUCCUAAGUUCCCACCCUGGGAGAGGACAGGGCAGGCCGGGCGGCCUUGGAAAUCCACAGGGCAAGGAAACAAGAGAGUAGUGGCCAGGUGGGCCCCAGGAAGCCCCCUCCUUCAGAGGCAAGGGCUGGAUGAGCUUGGCCCCCCGCCCCCACCCCCUUCCCACCCAGGAGCUCCCCCCUCCACACACUCUCCAUCUCCAGGGGAACUUGGUGCUACAUGCUGGUGCUCUCAUCUUCCUGCGGGGAGGGAGGAGGGAAGGGCAGCCCCUUAGGGAACCCCCUCCCUGGGGCUCCUCUGAAGAUGGUGCAGACACUUCCUGGGCAGUCUCACCUCCCCCUGCCCACCAGGACCCACUUCUGGCUACGGUCUAGUUGGUACCCACACAUCGAAACCCUCAAGCUGGAUUCGGUCACUCCGUCUCUUGGCCCUCCUGGCCCCCCUCCCCUAGCAGUCGCUAUUCCCCAUGCCUGGGGCAUCUUCACGUCGAAAGACCGCCUCCCCCCGCAUUGGGAUUAGCCCCCUUGCUCUUGUGGAAUUCAUCCGCCCAUCUGUCCAGCCAGCCAGCCAUCCGUCCUUAUCCUCAGCCCCAUUUGGCCGCCCGGCACCACUAGCUGGCGGGGCACCCCACCAUCAGCUUGGUUUACCCGUCAUGGCAGCCUGUGCCCUGCCUCUGCCCCACCACACACACCCCUACGAUGGGGCCCCAGGCCCAGGGUGUGAGGGGCUGUGCCAGCUGGGGCAGCAGGAAUCUCCCCCCAACCUGGGUCUCCCCCCACGCAGUACUGUAUCCCCAUCCCUCCCUCGAGCCACUGUACUUCAGAGCAUUUUCCCCCCGCCCCGCCCAUCUCUGUGUCUCGCUGUGAUAGAUCAAUAAAUAUUUUAUUUUUUGUCCUGGA